AUGGCGACGAGUCGAAAGCCGUCGACGGCGACAUCAUCCGCCACGGAGCUCGACGACGCCGUGACGCUUACGUCAAUAGACCUGCAUCGGCCGGAACAGCUCACGCAGGCCGACAUUGAGCGCCUCGGACGCGAGCGGCCGCCCAUCUUUGCGAGCACAUUUAUCGAAGUCGUCUUUGUCAUCUCGAUUGUCAUGUCGCUCAUGAUGAGCGAGUACUUCACCUCGGGCUUCAACAUCAUCCUGCCCACGCUCUCCGACGCCAUCCACAUCCCCGAGACGGCGCGGACGUGGCCGACGGCCGUGCCCAACCUGGCCGCGGGCGUCGUGCUGCUGCCCUUCUCGCGCCUCUGCAGCCAGUGGAGCGCGCGCGUCGUCUACCUCGGCGGCCACGCCUGGCUCAUGGUGUGGGCGGCGGCCGCGGGCUUCUGCUCGAGUUCGACGCCGCUCAUCGUUUGCCGCGCGAUGCAGGGCAUCGGCUUCGGCGCCUUCCUGCCGGCGGGCCUGUCGAUCCUCGGCCAGAUCUACCGGCCGGGCCCGCGCAAGAACCGCGUGUACUGCAUCUACGGCGCCUUUGCCGCCGUCGGCUUCUACUUUGGCAUCCUCACCGCCGCCCUCACCACGCAGUACGCCGACUGGCGCUGGUACUUCUUCCUCGGCGCCACGCUGCAGUUUGUCGUCAUCUCCGUCAGCUACGCCGCCAUCCCGCGCGAGCUCAACGACGUUGACCCGGCGGCGCGCAUGGACUGGCUGGGGCUCGUCACUUCGGUGCCGGCGCUGGCCCUCAUUAAUUUUGCUUUUUCAGACGGCAGCCAUGGACCAAACGGAUGGGGGACUCCUUACAUUAUCGUGUGUCUCGUUUUGGGCGUCAUCUUUCUGGGCCUCACGAUAUACGUCCAGGGCUGGGUCUCAGCGCAACCGCUCAUGCCGCGAAGGAUAUUCAAACCAAGGUACAUGGUUAGGCUCUUCAUUUCGUUGUUUUGCUUCUAUGGUGUGAACUCCAUCUUUUUGUUCUACACCAGUCUUUACAUCGGCAAUGUUCUUCACGCCAGCCCGAUUCUUGCUGCCGCCUGGUAUACGCCGCUUUUCCUUGGUGGUCUGUUUCUGGCCUUCAUCGGUGGUCUGGUUCUGCAUUUAUUGUCCAACCAGAUCCUCCUCAUUCUCUCCAGCCUCGGCUUUCUCUUUUGCGUUCUGCUCUUUGCCAUCAUGCCCGUCGACUCUGGCCAAUCAAGCAGCACUCUCUACUGGAUGUACAUUUUCCCCGCCAUGUGCUGUGCGACUCUCGGUAUCGACCUGUCCUUCAACGUCACCAAUGUGUUUUUAACAACGGCCCUGCCGAAGCGCGACCAGGCCGUGGUGGGCGGCGUCACCAACUGCCUCAUCUACAUUGGCAGCUCGUUUUGUCUCGGGUCCAGCGAUUUGCUCAUCUCGUCCGUGCAGAAGAUUCGAGGCACGAGUCUCAGCUUGGCGCAACAGUACCGCCUCGGCUUUUGGCUGGGUGUCGGACUCGCCGGUGUGUCUUUGAUGCUGACGGUGACGAUGCGUCUGGGUUCGGCGUCGGCAGAGCUUACCGCCGAUGAGAAGGAAGAGUUGAGGCAGAUUGCGGAGGGCGAGAAGCUUGAGGCAGAAAAGGCGAAACUGACGGAUAACAAAGAAGCGAUGCUAGUGAGUAAGGACAAACUGGACAAGUGA